AUGUCUACCACAUCGCAGCCCCAGCCAGCAGAAGUGGAGACUGCGAAGCGCAAAGCUCCGACCGAGCAAACCUCCUCCUCCUCCACCCCCGCCAUGACAUUCACCACGCGCAGUCCCCCUUGGACCUACCUCAAGCUACAGUUAACCCAUCAGCCCCCUGUCUCACAGUCUACCCUCAACCACCCUCUUGACCCCCUCACAGCCCGCACCUACCUCUCCGCCGCGCUCCGCCAAUUCCUCGGGCUGUCUGGCACGGCUAUUGCGAUUGACAUUCUGAAGAUCGACCCUCCCUCUGGUACAAACGCGAAAACAAUUUGGAUCCGUGUGCCUGAACCAGAUGCAUCGGCCGUUGUCGCAGCGCUGAGUUCGUGGGUCGGGGGUAGCGAAGCCAAUGGCAAUGGUAACGUUGCCUGGCGGGUUUGUGCGAAAGGGAACUUCCUCCAGGCGAUAGUAAAUGGCUCGGGGGCAGAGAUAUUUGUUCCAUGA